CACAGCUCAACAGGAAGCGUUAGGACGUUUACAUUAGCAAGAUACAUGUCUGGCUAAAGCAAAGCUAACAAAAGUUAACUACUAACCCCACAGAAACGACAUUUGACAAGCGGUAGCAAAGCAUAAUACACAUUUUAAAUAGCCCCUCCACUUGUAUACGAGUAGCUGAUUAACCUUUAAUAAGUUUGUUAAGUUGGUGGACGUUAUAGCGGUUAAUGCUAAUGCUAGCUGUGGAUGAGCUGUCAAAAUAACGUGACCGUUAGCUCGCUAAAAGCUGCUAACCCAAACUGACAGUAACUUACAGCUAACGUUACGUUAGUAAACACUUGAGGACACCUUGAAUGAGGCGCGCCCAUAAAAAGGUGAACACCAUCUUGUGAGACAUGGCCGAGGGAGGCUUUGACCCUUGUGAGUGCGUCUGCACCCAUGAGUAUGCUAUGAGGCGCCUCAUCAACCUGCUCAGGCAAUCUCAGUCCUACUGCACAGACACAGAGUGCCCACUGGAAUUGCCAGGCCCAGGUGGGUCAGUCGGAGGAGGUGGAGGAAGUGGUGACCUGACCCUCCCCUUGGUUGUGAUGGGAUGGAUGGUUCUGGCUCUGCUCCUGUUCCUGCUGCGUCCGUCCAGUCUCAGGGGUCCCCGUCCCACAGGCAAACCCACUGGACCCCACAAUAGAGAUGGAAGAGAGCCCCCAGCACCACCUGUUGACUAGCAGUGGAGCCAAAGAACCAUCACUCAUCCACCUGCUCUUGACUGGAGCUGCACAGUAUCAAAGCUCUAGUUGCUGUGACUGGAACAGCGUCCCUCUCAACCUUCAUACAAAUAUCUUUUUUUCUUUUUUUCCCAUUCUGAUACCAUUGUUUUAUCGGGGUAGAUCUUUCUAUGAUUCCUGUUACUAGAACCCAACUGUUACUGGAUUUUUGAGGCCAGCACGUAAAAAUAAUCUGAUAUACUGUAUAUGAUGAUGCAUGGAUUAUUCUUCAGCUUCGGUUAUUAUUGGUUAAAGAUAUGAUCAGUUAAUGUCACGGGAAAUUUAAUUACUAUACAUAAAAACACAGUUACAUCAAAAACAAAACCUGAAUUAAGAGAAAUAAGCACUAAAAUUGUUUUGCAUAUAAGCCAACAGUGAUACAAUAUUUCUGUGAUAAGCUGAUAUCCAAUAAUAACAUUGGCCGACAAUAUCGGCCUGUUGAUAUAUCACUUGGGCUCUGUGUGACUUCACCAAGUCUUCAGUCAGAGGGUGGGGCAUCGUUCUGAGUCAGUCUCUGAUCGCAGCUCUCAGACUCAGACAUGAAGUCAAAAUUAAGGAAUGUGUCACAUGGGUUGGAGGAGAGGGAAGGGGUAGCCAAGAAUCCCCUUUUGGGCAGAUCAAAUUGUUGUUCCAGUGCUUGCUGGGUAAUGAAAGGUGGCGGCUUCUUCAGACUCUCUGAAACAUUCCACUCUUUCCACUUUAAAGUCACAAACUCCAAAACAGUGCCAGUAAUGAUGUCGUAUCACACCAUACUUUUAAAUUGCAUAUUUAAACCAGCAGAAUGACGAAUUUGCUAAAUUCAUCAUUCUUAGCUAAAAAUGCUACAUUUAGAUUUGGUCUGAUUUAAGAAUGGAUUUUAACAGAGUAAAUCUGUGUUUACGUAAAGGCCUCGAUUAAAUUACAUAUGUGCCCCGGCCAGUCACUUUAAGUAUUAAUCGGUUUGAUUAUUGUAUGGCAAUACAUUUGCAAUAAGUUAUUAGUUAUUCAAUAAAAUUUUAACAACAUAUCAGAUGCACAAAGCAGAAGUAAUAAUUCUUACAGACAAGUGACAGGUCUUAAUAAGCCUGUAAUGAGGUUUGCUUUGACUGUUAAAUGUUCACAUUUCACACUCAGUUUACACAGCUGAGAUGAAAUGAAUUGCAGUCUUAAAAACAGGGUAUAAUCAGUGUGAAAAACAUUAUACUCAGCACAAACAAAUCAUCAUAUUAAUUAUUCACAUUAGAAUGAUUACAUGUACUGUAAUUGUUUUGUGGUUAAACAAAGGAAGUGAUAUAUUCCUUUGUGUAUAUUGAACCUGAUGUAGUAGCCAGAAAUGAUAUUUUAUUAGCACUUUUCUUGUGGUAUAUAAUUACUUUUGAAGGUAUGUUGUACUGAUUUUGUCCUUGUGGCGACGAGAGCCUGUUUUCUUUUUCUAUAAAGAAUCACAGCAGUCUGUGAUUAAUUGGAGCAAUCCAAAGUUUCUACUUCACAACAUCUUUAUCAUAUGUCAAAUCAGUGAAAAGGAAAUUAGUUAAAAAGGAGCAUUCUAGAGUUUUCAGUGCCAAUGUAAAUUUUUAGUUCUGGUCUCAAAGCUCAUUUAGAAAUCAACUUUCUUGAGACAGAAUAGCAAUAUUUGAGGUAAUUUUUUAUUUGAAAUCUGUGAUGGUAAAAGCAGGAGGGAAUGAUCUGCAGUAGAACUUCUCUGUCAUGUUUUCUUUUCUAUCCAUCUGCAUGGUUCACACUACAGGGUUUUUUUCUCACAGGAUUAGAGUAAAGGUUCAAAUACAAUUCGUGGCCAGAAAAAUAGAAACCCCUAAUGCAGACCGAUGCAGUGGUGAAUGUUGUUUUGUUCCAUAAUCAUUUGUGUAAAUGUUAGUGGAUAUUUAAAACUCAAACCCUAGCCUCAAAGUUAUCAUAGAGUGGAAUUAACACUCAAGAGAAAUGGAAAAUCAUGAUAAGUGGUAUUUUUAUACAUCCAUUGUUGGCUAUUGGGAUGCAUUACAUCAUACAGGGUUUUCUGUUUUCUAUUCACUGACUAAAUUUUCUGAACGUUUCCACUUUCUGGCCCUGUCAUGGUGGAAACGUGUUUAUAAAAGUGUAUCAGGGCCUCGGGAUAUGUUCCAGACUACCUGUGAUAUCAGAAAUGAGACAGAUUUGUCUAAAAAUUGAAGGUUCUUUCUUAAACGCAUGGUGUAAGAGUUCAAAACCUGGAUAUGAUCUGUAACAACUGUGGGCCGAGUUGUGAGUUCAUCUCAACAGUCUUUAGUCACUGGCUACUCUUCAUUCCCACAUCGGUGAAUGUACAGUAAAAUUCUUUGUACAGUCAGGGAGGAACUAUAAUGAAGGAAAAGAUCGGGUUAAACAUAAAUAGUUGUAUAUAAUGAAGAGUGAAGCCAUACUAGAUUGUUGAGAUGAACGAGUAUGUGGUACCACAGGAGACCUCAAUUUACACUGUUACUGUCUGAGAAAAAGGGCUUCAACUAUGCACUUUUCCUAUAACAAAACAAAAAAUAAAAAGAUUGAAUCAUG